AUGGAUACCAUACCCACGGAUUCGCGGACCUACGAGUGUGCGAUCUGCUGCUCAGACAACCUGAGCAGGGACAGAAUGGGCACGUGUCAGCGCUCGCAGCAUCACCUAUUCUGCCUUGAAUGUAUCGGGAGGUACGUUGGAGAGGAGAUGGGCCAAGGUCGAGUGAGGUUCCGGUGCUUGAACCCAGACUGUGGCGCAGAGAUUUUGGAAGAGACUUUGUGGAUGGUGACGAAGAAUACUGUUUACGCAAGUCUGCUGGUGAAGAGACAACUGGAGGAGGUGCUGAAGGCAAAGAUCGAGGGCCUUGAGGCGUGUCCUUUUUGCGAUUUCAUGGCUGUUCUCGAUCAGGGAAACACCGUCUUUACGUGCAUGAAAUGUAAAAGGAACUCCUGCAGGUUGUGCAAGAAGCCAGACCACCUGCCGGAGGAGUGUGAAGACAUCAAGGAGAAAACCGCGGCACGAACUCACUUGGAAAAUAAGAUGGCUGAAGCGAUGAUCAGAGAAUGCAGCAACUGCAAAAAGCGGUUUAUCAAAUUAGACGGAUGCAACAAAAUGACCUGCUCCUGCGGGGCCAUGAUGUGUUACAUAUGCAGGCAGCCUGUCGCAAACUAUGAUCACUUUAAUUACGACCCUGCCGUGGAUGAGGACCCCAGCAAGUGUCCAUUGUGGAAAGACUCGGACACCAUCCAUCGAAGUGAAAUCAGUAAGGCAGCCGAGGCCGUGAAAAGGACGAUGAACCCUGGCGAAAACCUGCAAACGACCCUACGGUGGCAUCCUCUGACCUCCUGA